AUGCCUCCCAGGCUCCGGCUCUCGGUGCGGCAGCGCCAUCUGGUGUUGAAUAUCUCGCUGCUCGCAGAGGGGGCGCGCGCCUUUCUCCCGGAACCUUCCAGAGAAAAUGUGGCCUGGGCUUUCGUCACUCGCCCUCGCAAAGGGAGACCCGAGGUUUCGCCCUGCCGAGUUCUCACACAGGAGGGACACAGGAAGAAGAAAACCUUUUAUGAACGUAGAAGAGAGCCCUCACCAAGAACCAAGCCUGCUGGUGCCUUAAUCUUGGACUUCCAGCCUCCAGAACUGGUUAACUGCUGGCAGGCCUCCUCCGUGCUGAGCUCCUUAUCCUCCACUGUGCAGGGGUUACUGAAGCAAGAGCAAGCUUUCCCUCACUCCCCAGAACAGGAGCCAAGUGUGACACAAAUUGUGAAACUUGUUCCUGGUUACCAGGAAAACUUAAAGAAAUCCUAA